GAGAGAGUAAUGGCAUUGGACGGUGGUGGCCCGAAGAAGGGAAGAAACUAGAAAGAGAAAGAAAGCAGUAACGAAAAAGCAAAGCAUUGGAUUGGCAUCGCCAUAAUAACUAUUGCUAUUACUAUUACUAUUACCAUUACCAUUACCAUUACCAUCGCCAUUGCUAUUGCUGCGUCACGUUCACGUUCACGUUCCUCUCUCCAAAUCUCAAUCCCUCACCACAUUCCCCUUUCAUCAUCUCCAAAUCCACUUUCCCCCUACUCUCGAAUUUCGCCUCAAUCGAUCAACUAGGUUUUCAUCCUUGCCCUGGGACUGAUCCCAGAUCCGCAAUGGAUAGGGCUCCACUGAUCCCUCUUCCUUUAUGAGUUCCGAUGAGUUUCUCCUCCUCGAAUCGGAUCCUCGCCCCGUGAUUCACCACCGCCGCGGCAAAUCAGCUUCCCGCUCCUUCGCCUCCAUCUCCGCCGCCGAUGUUGCCGCCGCCGCCGCUGAGGCCAUCAUCCUCGACGCCGAUGUGAAAGACGGCAGCGACGUCCUCCUCUCCGACGACUACAGCUUCCACUCCGCCUUCGCCGAUCCCAAGUUCCCCUGGGAAUGCCCCACGCGCCACCGCUCGGUCUCGUGGGGCGCCAUGGAGCUGCGUGACGCCGCGCCCUUCGAGAUUUCCGGAGCCAACACCGCCGCAACCACCGCCAACAAAUCCGCUAGGGUUAGACACAAGAGCGUGCAAUUCGACGACGUCGCGUUACACGAGGACAGCGCCAGGUUGAUCUACAUCAACGACCCCAAACGCACCAACGACAAGUACGAGUUCACCGGGAACGAGAUCCGCACCAGCAGAUACACGUUUGUUACGUUCCUCCCUAAGAAUCUGUUCAUUCAGUUCCACCGUGUCGCGUAUUUGUAUUUCCUCGCCAUUGCAGCUCUGAACCAGCUUCCUCCGCUGGCCGUGUUCGGGAGGACCGUGUCGCUCUUCCCUCUCUUGUUCGUGCUCUGCGUUACCGCCAUUAAGGAUGGCUACGAGGACUGGCGCCGGCACCGCUCCGAUCGCAACGAGAACAACCGCGAGUCGCUUGUUCUUCAGUCCGGCGACUUCCGGUCGAAGAAGUGGAAGAGGAUUCAGGCCGGCGAGGUCGUGAAGAUCUUCUCCGACGAGACGAUUCCGGCGGAUAUGGUUCUGCUUGGGACGAGUGAUCAGAGUGGUCUUGCUUAUAUUCAGACCUUGAAUUUGGAUGGAGAGUCCAAUUUGAAGACUAGGUAUGCUCGCCAGGAGACGGCGUCGGCGGUGUCCUCGGAGGCUUGUGAUGUUUUCGGUGUGAUUCGAUGCGAGCAGCCCAAUAGGAAUAUUUAUGAGUUCACUGCCAAUAUGGAGUUCAAUGGGAUUAAGUUUUCGCUUAGUCAGUCUAACAUUGUUUUGCGUGGUUGCCAAUUGAAGAACACGGAUUGGAUAAUCGGUGUUGUGGUUUAUGCAGGGCAGGAAACUAAGGCAAUGCUGAACAGUGCAGCUUCUUCUUCCAAGAGAAGCAAACUGGAAGGUUAUAUGAACCGGGAAACCCUUUGGUUGUCGAUUUUCCUUUUUAUCAUGUGUUUGGUUGUGGCCAUUGGGAUGUGUCUUUGGCUGGUGCGCCACAAUAAUCAGCUUGAUACAUUGCCUUAUUAUAGAAAAAGAUACUUCAGCAAUGGGCCGGAUAAUAGAAAGAAGUAUAAGUAUUAUGGGAUACCGAUGGAGGCGUUUUUCUCCUUUUUGAGUUCUGUUAUAGUGUUUCAGAUAAUGAUACCGAUAUCUCUUUACAUCACCAUGGAGUUGGUUCGAUUGGGUCAGUCAUACUUCAUGAUUGAAGACAAGGAUAUGUUUGAUGCCAGCUCUGGGUCAAGGUUUCAGUGUAGAUCGUUAAAUAUAAACGAAGACUUGGGCCAAAUACGGUAUGUGUUUUCAGACAAGACAGGAACACUAACAGAAAACAAAAUGGAAUUCCGGAGGGCUAGUGUACAUGGGAAGAAUUACGGGAGCUCCUUGCCUAUGGUUGAGAAUACAGCAGCAACAGAUGUUACUCCUAAACGGAGAUGGAAGCUCAAAUCUGAAAUUGCGGUUGAUUCUGAACUGAUGACAAUGUUACAGAAAGACUCGCGUAGAGCAGAAAGAAUUGCUGCUCAUGAGUUUUUUCUUACAUUGGCUGCUUGUAACACUGUUAUUCCUAUACUUGGUGAUGGUGGAUUUACCAGUUGUGGAACUAUUGAACUAAAUGAAGAUAUUAGACGCAUUGAUUACCAGGGAGAAUCUCCUGAUGAACAAGCUCUAGUUUCUGCAGCCUCUGCAUAUGGAUAUACUCUUUUUGAGCGAACAUCUGGGCAUAUUGUUAUAGACGUCAAUGGUGAGAAACUCAGAUUGGAUGUAUUGGGCCUGCAUGAGUUUGAUAGUGUGCGGAAGAGAAUGUCUGUUGUUAUUCGGUUUCCGGACAAUGUGGUAAAGGUGUUAGUCAAAGGCGCUGAUACUUCAAUGUUUAGCAUUUUGGAAAAUGGAAGUGAGACUAACAAUAACAUAUGGCAUGCAACUCAGAGCCAUUUGAAUGAAUAUUCUUCACAAGGUUUGCGCACUCUUGUAAUUGCCUCCAGGGAUCUUUCUGAUGCUGAACUUGAGGAGUGGCAAAGCAGGUAUGAAGAGGCAAGUACUUCAUUGACUGACAGAUCUACCAAACUGCGUCAAACAGCAGCUCUUAUAGAAUGCGAUUUAAAGUUACUUGGAGCAACUGGAAUUGAGGACAAGCUACAAGAGGGUGUACCAGAAGCCAUUGAGGCUCUACGGCAAGCUGGAAUCAAGGUCUGGGUUCUCACCGGUGAUAAGCAAGAGACAGCAAUUUCAAUUGGUCUUUCCUGCAAACUUCUUAGUGGAGACAUGCAGCAGAUUAUUAUAAAUGGCACUUCAGAGGGGGAAUGUAGAAAUCUUUUGGCCGAUGCUAAAGCCAAAUAUGGUGUGAAAUCUUCAAGUGGAGGGCGUUGGAAUCUGAAGCACAAAACCGAAGAUGAACAUGAUGAUCUUGAUAUUCUCAACGGUUCAAAGUCAUUGAGCUUUCCCAAAUGGAAUCUUGGAAAGGAAGAAGGAACUAAUGCUCCAUUGGCACUCAUAAUUGAUGGAAACAGUUUGGUUUAUAUUUUGGAGAAGGAACUGGAGUCAGAGCAGCUUUUCGACCUUGCAACUUCAUGUAGGGUUGUGCUGUGUUGUCGUGUUGCUCCCUUGCAAAAGGCAGGAAUUGUUGAUCUGAUAAAGAAGCGCACAGACGAUAUGACACUGGCCAUAGGUGAUGGGGCCAAUGAUGUUGCAAUGAUCCAAAGGGCAGAUGUUGGUGUAGGAAUAUGUGGACAGGAAGGGCGCCAAGCAGUGAUGGCAUCAGAUUUUGCUAUGGGACAGUUUCAGUUCAUAAAAAAAUUACUUCUGGUUCAUGGGCACUGGAAUUAUCAGCGAGUCGGAUAUUUAGUUCUGUACAACUUCUACCGCAAUGCUGUCUUUGUAUUGAUGUUAUUUUGGUAUAUAUUAUGCACAGCUUUUUCUACAACUUCUGCGUUGACAGAUUGGAGUAGUGUUUUCUAUUCUGUGAUAUACACAUCAAUACCUACUAUUAUUGUUGGUAUUCAGGACAAGGACUUGAGUCAUAAGACACUCUUGCAGUAUCCAAAACUGUAUGGUUCAGGUUACAGGCACGAAGCUUACAAUAUGCAAUUAUUUUGGAUCACAAUGAUUGACACAGUAUGGCAGAGCCUUGUUCUCUUCUACAUUCCAUUGUUCACUUAUAAGGACAGUUCAAUUGAUAUAUGGAGCAUGGGCAGUUUGUGGACGAUUGCAGUUGUUAUCCUUGUAAAUGUACACCUGGCUAUGGACAUCAACCGUUGGGUAUUAAUUACUCAUGUUGCUAUCUGGGGAUCAAUAAUCAUUACAUAUGGAUGCAUGGUGGUAUUGGAUUCCAUACCUGUCUUUCCCAAUUACUGGACUAUUUAUCACCUGGCAAGGUCCCCUACAUAUUGGAUAACAAUUUUGCUUAUAAUUAUUGUGGCAUUGCUCCCUCGCUUUACUUGCAAAGUUGUUUAUCAAAUCUUUUGGCCUUCAGAUAUCCAGAUAGCUAGAGAAUCUGAGUUAAUGAGAAAACGACAGAAUAAUUUGCAGCCGAGGCAACAAGUUUCCAGUUAACUUGUGUUACUGUCCUGUGUCUUAUAGAAACUACAGAAAUUACAAUUGAAAUGGCUUCCCUUGUAUUUGUCCAUCACAAUGCAUUCUUGCGGCAGUCGGUUGUAUAAUUGAUCAGACGAGAUGCUGUAGCAGAUUGCAGUGGUGUAAGACAAAUGCUUGGCAUCCAACACACUAACAGAUUAUGUCGCAGGGAAGCACAUGCCAAGGUUAGCAAACAGCUUGCCUGGCUUUUCAAAUGCCUCACGUCAGGUCAGGAACGUAAAUAGGAGAUUGAGGUUGGAGGUGGCUCAGACUCGGGUAUCUGUAUCUCAGCAAAUUUGAUGUGGGUGGAAUUUUAUCAGUGGCAACUUGAUAAUAAUUACCCACGGUUUAUAGAGAAGUGUGUGAGAGAGUAGAGUGUAACUAGUGUACUAUAGUUCUGUAAAAUCAGGCUUGAAAAACGUCCUUUAAAAGGAGAGUGUCUCGAGAAAGGACAAUGAUAGGAAAGAAAAAGUAUUUUUCACAAUCCCUGCACCUCUCGCCUCUUCUCAAUAACUAAAUUAAUUGCAUUUAUUAGCAUGUUUGAUCCCACGGCGGGGAUGUGGAUUUUCAAAAUCAAAAGCAAAUAGAUAUAGAUUUGGCGUGGUUUUCUCUCUUC